AUGUUUCGCACACUCUUUCGUAGUGCCCUCUUGGCUCCUAAGAAGGAAGCAUUCCUUCGUGACAAGCCACAUCUUAUUAUUGGAACCAUUGGUCACGUUGACCAUGGUAAGACAACGCUAACGUCAGCCAUUACAACUGUACUUGCGAAGGCUGGUAAAGCAAGGGCACUUGAUUAUUUCGCUAUUGAUAAAUCACCAGAAGAAAAGAGCCGUAAAAUUACUAUCAAUGCAACACAUGUGGAGUAUGAAUCAGAGAAACGCCACUAUGGUCAUAUAGAUUGCCCAGGUCACAUGGAUUUCGUAAAAAAUAUGAUUACAGGUGCCGCCCAAAUGGAUGGUGGUAUUCUCGUUGUGGCAGCUAAUGAUGGAUGUAUGCCACAAACCCGUGAACAUUUAUUAAUUUGUUCACAGAUUGGUUUACCUGCACUUGUCUGUUUUAUUAAUAAAUGUGAUAUGAUGCAUGGACAGGAAGAUAUGAUUGAAUUGGUGGAGAUGGAGGUACGAGAGCUUUUGGAGAAAUAUAAGUUCCCUGCUGAAGAGACACCAUUUGUUCGUGGAUCUGCUGUAAAAGCUUUGGAAGGUGAUGCUGAGAAUGAGGCCAAAAUUGUGGAACUUAUUAAAAAGUGUGAUGAGUGGAUCCCAGACCCACCACGAGCUACUGAUAAACCUUUUCUUAUGGCCAUUGAACACGUCUAUGAGAUUGGAAAAGACAAGAAGACUGUUAUUGUGACUGGACGUGUGGAUCAAGGACUUAUGAAGGUUGGUGCGGAUGCCGAACUUUCAGGCUUCAGCGCCAAGAAGGCGACCGUAAAGGUGAGUGGGAUUGAGAUGUACCACCGAACACUUGAUGAGUGCAUGCCAGGUGACUCCGUUGGGGCGAGUAUCAUCGGUACGGGCGACACGACAAGUUUGUCUAAAGAUAAUGUGGAGCGCGGUAUGGUGCUCUCCGCACCGGGUGCCACCACUCUCUUCAACCGUGUCCGCGCGCAGGUGUACGUCCUCACAAAGGAAGAGGGUGGUCGACACACAGCGUUUAGUCCACAUUACCGUCCACAACUCUUCUUCCAUUGCGCUGAUGUCACUGCGGAUAUUAACUUCCCGGAGAGUGAGAAACUUGCGGCGGAGCUGAAUAAGAAGUAUGGCCGUGAUGCGGAUGAUCAGAAGAAGAAAGAAGCGGAACUGCGCGAAUUUGAAAAGACUCUCGUAUGUAUGCCAGGUGAUAACCGUGAACUCGUUCUCACCCUCGCAUACCCGAUGCCAGUGGAGAAGGGACUGAAGUUCACCAUUCGUGAGGGCAAGAUCACUGUUGGAUGGGGUGCCGUCACCGAUUGUCUGGCGCUUGACCCAAAGGUAAGUAUUGAAGGCGUCAAGCAGGCAAAGCCAAUGCCAGGCAAGCAGAAGAAGAAGAAGUAA